AUGUCAAGGCGCAAGUCCCGGAAAAAAUUUGCACAUAAACGGAGGGCAAGAAAGAGUAAGAUAGUGAAGGUUGACCCGUUUAUCUUUCUUCCAGAUGACAUCCUUUUAGAAAUCCUUAAAAGGCUUCCUGAUGCUGUCCUCCGUUAUAAGGCAAAGUAUGUAUGUAGCCGUUGGUUCAAUAUAAUCACUAACAGCAUCUUGCUAGACCAUGCUUCAUAUAUCCUCCAGAAUAUGGGAACCUUCAGAACAUGUCUUGUGGAUAUAAGGGAAGAAGGAGAAAGGCUACAAGUGAAAGAGCAGGAUCUUGAUCUUGACAUACCUCACAUAGGCAUGAUAACGUCUUGGUGUAACGAGUUUCUUCUGAUAUCCGUUUCCUACACAAACACUUUGUAUGUUUAUAAUCUAAUUACCAAGGAAGGAUCAUAUCUUCCCCAGCAUAAUGCACCUUGUGGUAGAUAUUGUAUUGGCAACUGUGGAGUGGCACUUUCUGGGUUCAAGGGAAUAUACAAGGUCGUUCAUUUGUAUAGUGGCCCACCAAUCAAAUGCCAUAUUCUUAAUCUUGGAAGAGGAGAUAAUCUGAGUUGUGUUUCUUCAAAGUGGAAACACGUGAAAGGUUCUUUUACCAAGGACGUGAAGAACAGGCUACAUUCUUGGUGUGAACCGGUCUUAGUUCGUCAAGGUAGGUACAUCCACUGGGAAACCUUUAAUGACUCCAACGACCUGGUUUCAAUGGAUACUGAAACAGAAGAAAUUUUCCAGAAAAGACUACCUAGAUCAAUUGAGGAGAGAUACUACGGGAAUUCUCUUUUUGUGAUUGGUGGUUUCCUCGCCGUUUUUGAUAGAGUUUAUCAGGGCAAUGAUGCUUACGUAUGGAUUCUUAAAGAUUUUCGUAGGAAAAGGUGGAAAAAGUUGCAGUUGAUAACUGGGCACUAUACAAGAUACCUUGAUACUUAUCGCAUCUGUGGUGGGAUAAGUAAGCGAUAUAUCAUUUUGAGAUCCAGAACAGGUAAGGGUAUGUGUAGUUAUGAUGUGAAAAAUGGAGUCUUCAAAGAGUUGGACAUCAGCAUUGGAUCUGAUCAUGACCAUUUCGUGGUUCAUUCAUCAGCACCAAUUAAGAUUUAA